AUGGAUCAUUUAUUUUCUCUCUUUUUGGAAAAGAAACAGGUGACCAUUGUGAAUUUGGUGUUGGUUGGUUUUUCCGAAUUACUGAAAAAUGUUUCAAACCCAAACGACUGUUUGACAUUAUUAACCGAUGUGUUUGAACAGAUUGCUUAUGUGAGUCGAACCACGAAUGGAUUUAUUGGCUCUUUUGAAAAUGAUUCCAUUACCUUGUCAUUCAAUUUCACCACACCGCAAUUGAAACAUCAAGAAAAAGGAGCACAAGCUGGUAAAUUAAUUCUUGACAAGUUAACUCUUGUGAAAGAAAAGAAAUGGAGUUCUCAUGUCAUUAAGGCCAUGAACAAGUGCUCACGUCGUUCUCCUACAACCACAUCUUUCAAAUCAUCCACGCAGCAGCAGCAACACUGUUCUAAACAACAACAGCCUUCGAAACAACAAAAACUUUUGACGACUGCGAGUAAGGAGGUCCAUCUCUCUCCACCCGCAACAUCCACACCACCACCACAUUCUCAAGAGGAUGAAGAGCAUGAAGAAUAUUACGAAAAGAUGAAACGCUUACUCGACUCUGUGAAGUUACAUAUUGCCAUCUGUUCUCAGGAAUGUAUUGUUGGAAACAUUGGAAGUAGUGAGUUAAAGUCAACCGUUUGCAUUUCAAGUGCCAGUCACAAUUUGGAAUUGAUGAUUCACACAAAAACUCUCCAUUCCCAUUGUUGUGAGUGA